UUGAUCUGUCGCUGUGAAACUGUGAUUGCUGCAGACUUUGUCACCUGCAGCCCAUUAUAUUUGAUCUGUCACGGGGUGGUUCUGGACAGAAAAUGGACCCAGUGAGGAAUACUGGAUAAAGAACAGCCAGCUUUCAUUCAUUUAUCUACAGCUGAAGCUUUGUUUCGCCAAACUAAAACAGUUUUUUACAAACCGGGGGAACACCAGAACACAGACAUCAAAUAUUUUCUAAAAGCAACAAAACAAACAAAACCAAAUGGAGCAGCUGCCAACAACAGAAUUACUGCAUUCAUGAGUAAUUCUUAGCUUGAGUGUGCUGAUGCAUUUCGGUAUUAAUCAAAACUACCACCAGAAGGAAUAAGAACUAUCCCACUCAAUUGUGGUUUUGUGAAUAAACAAAACAACAUCUUUUAUUAUCCUACCUUCAGAGACCGAGUCUGGCUUUAAUAUAUAAGAAAUAACACAGAACACCAGAAUAAAGAAUCUUUAAUUGAAUACAUUGGAGCUCUGAAUACAAAGCCGUCUGUGGAAUGACCUUUCCAGAGUGAAAUGUUAUUCCUCACAUGCACCUAACAGCAGGAAGCUGCCAUAUACACAGUUCCCCUUCACGUCACUGUGGAGUUAUGAACUCCAAGAUAAAGGGCAGAUCCUUUUCUAGCAAAGAAAAAUAAUCUGCGUGCUGAGAUUGGGAUGCAGACGAAAAGCAUGUUUUGGUGACUGAAAUAGCAGAAGGGGAAGAGCAACGUCUGGGAAAGAAGAACAAGGAGUAUUGGAGAAAUGCAAAGAGAGACGACUGGACUGUUUCUCAGCCAGAAUUCCAGCAGAGCACAACAAACUUCUGCAAUUUUCGUGGCAGUCGUUCAUGGGAACUCAUCCCAGGCACAUCUGAGCUGACCCUCCUGGGAGGUCCUGUUUUAUCCCACCCAUUUUUUCGAGAAUAAUACUUCAUGAAGACCAAAGUAAGAGCACACUUUUUUCCGUCACAUUCUGGCUGUCUACAGGACAACAUGUGGAAGGAUUAUUGCUAAAAGAGGAGCCACGACUGGAAGCAGCAACUUGGAAAGCUGAGCUCCUCCUCUCCUUUUUGUGUGUUUUCUUGUAUUUCCAAACAUAUUCACUGCCUGCCAGUGAGGACUAAAACUUCCAUCCGACAGUUUCCUCUUAUCAGGAGGGAAGAUUGAGCUCACUGGAACGAAACACUCACAUAUCCCCCUGUCGAGGGCUUUUGUUUCUGCUGUACACAGAAGCAUUUUACUUUGAGUAGCGAUGGAAAUGGAGAAGGGACAUACGUCUGUCAGGAGGGGAGUGAGCUGGAGUCCAGGAGGAUUGAGAAAACCUCUCCAGGCAACACACAACACACACACUCCUGAGACAGAGUGCAAUGCAUCAUGGAAAAUGGCAGGAUUCAACAAAGAACAGAUGAGCCGGAAAACAAAUCUGACCAGGAGUGCCAGUUUAUCAGAGAAGGAGCUGAAGGAGGCUCGUGUCAGGAGUCAGAUCAUCGCUGCUCAGCUCACCGUCCCUUCCAACUCCAGCUCCAGAGGCGUACAGCUCUUCAACCGGCGCAAACAGAGGGUCAGCGCCUUCACGCUCGAAAGCUGUGGAGAGGGGUCAGGGGGGGACAGAGCUGGGAAUGUAAAAACAGACCCUUCAUCGAACAAACUAACAUGGGCAGAGAGGAGCACUGAGGAAAAGGAUAGAGCCCUGAACUUUAAGAAUAGCGCUACCAAGCCACUCUCUUCACCACCUGGGAGGGUACAUUCAGUAGGUGAUAUCAUAGAGGAACCAGGUCAGGAUUUUCAGAGGGGAGACUACAUGGAGGACAUUGUUAUCCAAGAGAGACAUUUCCUCCCUGUCAAUGAGGAGCAGGAGGAAGAGGAAGAGGCAAGAGACAAAAUCCAUGAGGACAAAGUCAAGGAUGAGAUUCCCCCUGGAAGUAAUAAUACUGAUCCAGUUCUGAUGAGACAUGACGAAGGGGAGGCUGACACUCAUGGGGACCACACAGGGCCAGCUCCCCCCGGAAAGCUUCAUAAUGGCUGCCAGAGUAUCUCUGGAACUGAGAGGGUGUCUGUGCACACAUCCAAGCAGACAAGCACCAUCAUCAAUCGAACUGCCAGGCCCUUUUUCUCGCCGCUGACAGUGCAGUCCCCAGAGGCGGUCAGCCCUGUCAUGGAAAUUCCCCCUCCUCCUUCCUAUGCCACUCCUCCUCUCCCUGCUAUCUCUGCCCCUAAACCAUUGGUGUUCUCACCUCCCCCUCCGCCUCCGUCAUAUCCCACACCUCCUCUACCGGCCUUUACAAACCAACCUCCGCAGACCUACUACUCCAGUCCACCUCCGAUGUCUCCUAUUAUGUCUCCUUCCUUUAAUACACCACCCCAGUACCCAAUGUCUUCUGUGUCUCAGUACCCACCCAUGCCCCAUUAUGGCCCUCCCACAGCCCCAAAGCCCUCCACCUCUGUUCCUCAGCCUGCUGGAGAGAGUAAGCCAAUAACACAAAUCAAAACAGGAAUACUUGAGGAGGGUGCUGCUAGAAGGGGAAAUAGGAAGUCAAUGUUCACAUUCAAAGAGAAGACAGUGGUAGCUCCGAACCCUGAGCUGCUCUCUCUUGUGCAAGGUGUUGAUGAAAGGAAGAAACAUGGACAUAGAUCUGUGCCUGAGCCGGCAUCCGAAGAAGAGUUGCUGGCGCUGGGGGCAGAGGCCUCCAAUUUCCUAGCCAAGGAAGAGGACAGGGCAGAGGAGGCAAGAGCUCCAGAAUGGGCUUCCUGCCUCAAGACCUCCAGGACCCGUCCAAGGGCAGAGCACAGGCCAGAGCAGACCCUCACCAAUGUAUCAGGAAAGGGGGCUGAGCUUUUUGUCAAGCGUCAGUCCAGGAUGGAGAAAUACGUAGUUGAGAAGCAAAAUGCAGGACAAAUUAGGUCUCCUUCUCCCACGAUGUCUCUGCCACCAUCUUGGGUGUACCCAUCAAACAUGCCCGGCAGGGUCAAGGCUAUUGCUAAAAACUCCGACAUGAGUGCUCAGCUUUCACAAAACCUAAAGACCCAACAAUCAGUCCAAAAACCAAAGCAAAAGGCUGCAGCACCAGAGCCAAUUCCAGAGGCCCCUCUUUUGGAAAAUGGUUGCUCCAAGAUAGAGAUGGACCUGUCAAGGCACCAGCCCUACCAGCUUCCUGCUUCCCUCUUCAUCUUUAACCCAGUCCAGGACCCCAUUAGUACCCUACCCAGAGGAGCACCACAGUCAAAGAACCUGCUAUCGUCCCAGUCUUUCUCUAGAAAGGCUUGCUUACCUAAUAACCCUCCUUCUCACUUCAGUGCCCAGCCUAUGUCUCCACAGCUGCCUCUCAGCCCCACAAGAGGAGGAGCGGAAUGUCGUCCGGAUCCAGCCUAUGGGGAGCCGAGGAUCAGCUCUUCUAUGGCGGCUUUUUCUCCAGAGCGAGUGUCCUCUCCUCGGUCAGGGCUCCAGGCGCCAAGGCCCACGUUUUCUGCCAAGAAGGCAGGAAUUGCGCCACAGACACCAACAGAUUCCUUCCUAGUUGAAACCCCCAGUGAGACUCCCACGCCAACCAGGACGCCCAGCCUCACCAGAUGUUUCAGCAGCCCAGAUGGCCCCGCUGCUGGGACCUGGACUCCCAGUCUCCAAUCUAAUCGGCCCUCCACCACCAUCUUUAGCCGCUCAGUUAUUUCCCCUGUAUCCUCUUCCAGGGGUACAAGAUGCCAAUCCCCUAUGGCCAGUCAGAAUAUCCAGUUAUCCACAGUUACCUCCACUACAACAUCAAGACCCUCUCAAACAUCUACGGCCACCUCUCCACGCUCUCCUCCUUGGGGUUCAAGAUGUCAAUCCCCAAUGGCUAGCCAGAAUACCCAGUCCUCCAGCAUCUCCUCCAAUCCUGGUUUCAGACCAUCCCAAAUGUCUACGACUACUUCCCCUUGUUCUCCGCCUUGGGGUUCAAGAUGCCAGUCCCCAGUGGUAGGCCAGCAUACCCAGUCUUCCACCAUUUCCUUUCUUCCUACUUCCAGACCAACCCAAACAUCUACAGCCACAUCUCCUGUCUCUCCUCCUUGGGGCUCACGUUCCCAGUCUCCUGCACUCUCUCAGACCAGUUUAUCCUUCCAGGCAACUAAACCUCUGUACAGAUCCUCUGUCACCUCUCCCGUUCUCCCACCCAAAGACAGUCGCUGCAUGUCCCCCAUUGCUAAUAACCCAGACUCUAAAGCCAACCACCGCCUCCUGGCUAAGAACAUCAUCAAUGCAGCCAAACGUAAAAACAGCCCCUCCCCCGGAGCACUGAGUGGUCACAGCCUCCCCAUCUCACCCCUGGGAAAUUCCCAUCAUGGUUACGACUGUCACAAACCACCCAUCAGCCCGUUCCAGUCGCGGGCAUUUGGUGCCCAGUCCCCUACAUUCACCAGCCCUCCUCCAACCCCAACGCAGAGGAUCUGCUCCCCUGUGAGGCUCUACAACACUCGCUCCCUCACCGACUCUGAUGCCUCUGUUGAGUCGGAAGACUCGGGCCUCCGAUCGCCCGGCUCGCACUCCUACAACAACUGUCCCCGUGGCUGGGGCAGUAGCCUGAGGGUGAAGAGAAACCCCGUCUCCACGGACCUGUGAGGGUGUUACAGGAAGGCAACCAAAGCAGGAUUUCAGUUUUUAUAGACUUUUGGGGCAUUGGAUCAACCAGUUAAAGAGUUCCUGAUGGCAUUUCAUCAGAUUAAGAGAAGAUGCCUUUCUGUAAUGAAUCCUGAAUCCUGGACAAUGGUAAAUGUUGUAUCAAGGUUGUAAUAGUAUUUUAUAUGACUGAUAGUAAGGACUGACAAGAACAAGCUUUAACAUAAUGCAGUUGCUGUGGCUUGUACGCUUUCUUAAUACCAAAAAGACUCAAAAUACAGGAACCAAAGAUAUUUGAAUUCACUUCAGUUAUCGUUAUACUUCCUACACCUGCACAACAAAUAUACACCCCUGUUCAAGUUCAAUGGUGUUUAAGUUAAUCUGUUUAAAAUGUUAUCAGUGAAUAAUAAGUGUGUUUGCUGGUCUGAUGCAAGUUAAAAUGGGAAGAGACUUUAAAAGAAGGGUAUAAAAGAGACAUAUUGAAUGAGUAAUGUGUAAAUAUAUAGCUCAUUGGACUUUACAGUACUUUGUUUAAGGCAUUCUCUUUGCAUUAAUAAAGGAUGACAUUUACCUAUACAGUAAAUAAUGAUUUAUAUUAUAUUGGGUAAAAUGAGUUUCCAUAAUGUUUCCAUGACAGAAGCACAGUGGUAGGUGGGACACAUGCUAUUCACAUUAUCAUACAGGGUCAGAGUAUUCACCACAGUUAAUUAUCUAUUUUAAUCUAUUUGAAAUAAAUCAUGUGCAUAAUUAUACCAGUGCGAUAAUUAAAACAAUAAACUGUGUUUGUUAUGUAUGUUAUAUGUUGCUAUAUGUACUGCAUUUGCUAAAAUGAAUGUAAGCUGUACAGACAGAUUGACAGAGAAUGACGAGGAUUUGAAGAUAUGAAGAGAUGAGGAGAUAAGGAGAGGAGAUGAGGAGUUAAGUGGAGGUUGGAUGAGGCAUUGACGCACCUGUUUAAUCAAACGCUGUUUCCAUGAUUCCGGUGGAGAUUUUAAAGGGUUUUUUGCUAAUGUUUAAACAUUGCCGAUGAACAAUACGAUGAACAAAUAUUAGCUGUCAACAAAGCAAAUGUAAUGGAAUAUUGAUUGUAAUAUUCAUAUUGGAGAUUUACGUUUGUUUCGCUUGAGCAGACCACCUGUAAUAUCUUCCAUGAGAAACAAAUGAUCAUAUUUUGUGCUUGUACUUAUUGUACAAAGGGACCCUUUGGUUGAAUGAGGUUCAGGAGCAAAUGCGUAUGUCAAGAAGGUACAACAAAACGUUGUUAAAAGGAAGGUUAGAAGUAUGUUGUAUGUUGUGUCAUAAUAAUCUAAGUGUUUGUGAGAAAGGAUAAGAGCAAUGGGUUGUAUUUUAAAUACAUACAUAUCUCUUUUUAAUACAUUCUCUUUGACUUCUGAAGUUUCUUUUUUUAUACUUGAUUUGCACUUAUGUUAAUUCCAUUUUAAUGGCUCAAUUGGCAUUGUUUAAAAACUUGAUUUGCUCGAAUGUGUCAUUAAAAAAUAGAACCAGCAAAUAAAUAACAAUGAGCACAUUCUUGCGCAAAUACAUUUUUGUUUACAUGAUGGUGGCAAUUAUAGCUGUAAACCCGACUGCUGACUUCAAACCACAUCUGGCUUUCUUUUCAAACCAUUCACAUCUCGCCCAGAACUGUACCAGCACACACAACAGACCAUUCCUUCAUUACCUGACGUGAAAGUCAAAGGCAUAAGCCCAUUUCUAAAUAUUUACUCCUGUGUGUCUUUUGAGUGACAGGGACACCUGCUACAUGGUGACCUCACCUGACACCUUCAGCAGGAUCAAGCUUAUCACUGUCAUGGAUUGGUGUCAACCUGGGUCACCUCUGGAGAAAACUAAACACCGCUGACGCCCUCAAACACCCAAAAAUAAUCAUUGUAUUUUUUCUUUUGUGAGAUGGGGGUGGGUAGUUUCUUUUUCUUUUUCAAUACAGCAUUCUUUUCUCUCAUUUUAAAACUGUAUGAUGUCUGAAAAUCAAUGCAUAAUAAAAAAUUAACUGC